GAUAAAUAUACAAUCCUUUUUGCUCCACCGUUUUGGGGGGAUAGAGAUGAGUCGGGGGAUGUGAUGGGGGCGGGAUUUUCGCAGGCGUUUCCCUGUUUCAGCCCAGGUGGCGGCCCGACCGGGUCCGACCCGGACGCCGUCUUCACGCCGGAGGCGCCGCUCGACGAGACCCUCGGCCACUCCUUCUGCUACGUCCGCUCCUCGGCUCGGUUCGCCUCCCCGACCCCCUCCGAUCGAUUCGUUUCCCCUUCCCAGUCCUUCCGGUUCGACGAUCCGGCCCACCCAAGGCCCACCAAACCGCACGCCUGCCCGGACACCGGGUUCCGGGCCAUAUCCGGAGCCGCCGUCAGUGCCAACACCUCCACCCCUAUAACCGUCCUCCACUUUGACGAUAUCCGCGAUGAGGUCACUGCUGAUGCUGCUGCCGGUCAGUAUCAUCAUCACGGCUACAAUUCAAAGACCGGCAACAACAAGGGUUUCGUGGCCGGAGCCUCCAGGGCCGGCUGUAACAAUGUUUCACUGGAUGGGUUCGAGAGCACGUCCUCGUUCAGUGCCUUGCCCCUACAGCGGGCCCCGCGUGGAUGCGAGCCCUCCUCUGCCCCUCUGGAGAGGGCUUUCUUUAUGUCGGGCCCGAUUGAGCGUGGGGCCAUUUCCGGCCCGCUAGACGGAGCUGCCUCCGGCGAAAACAGUGGUGAUGUGCCCUUCUCAGCGCCACUCGGGGGAGUUUACGUGAAGAAGAGGAAGAAGAAGAAGAAGGGCAUUUCGGGAAUGCGCAAGGCAUUGUAUCGGAACUUCUCGGUGGUGCCUGUAAUGAACUUCAUUAGUGGAGGAGGUAAGAAAGAACUUCCACCUGCAGACGAUGGCACCAGGGAAGGAGUGGAGGUUGGGUAUGAGAGCAAUGUGCAGUGGGCUUUAGGGAAGGCGGGUGAGGAUCGGGUGCAUGUGGUAGUUUCGGAAGAGUUAGGUUGGCUGUUUGUUGGAAUCUAUGAUGGAUUUAACGGACCCGAUGCUCCUGAAUUUCUGAUGAGCCAUCUGUACAAAGCAAUGUAUAAUGAAUUAGAGGGUCUAUUUUGGGACACAGAAGAUGUAGUUGCAGCUGCAGCCCCAGAAAACAUAAUUGGUGCAGGGAAUUCAUCUGAUGCUGCUGACAGAGAAGGUCCCCAAGAGACGGAAGAAAUGAAAGGCGGCGAGAUAGGAUCACAAAUAGGUAAAAAAGUGAAGUUCGGAGGGGAAAAUAUUGAAGUUAGAAGGAGGAGGUUAUGGGAAUACUUGGUGGAUGAUGAUGAUCCAGGGGAAGGGCUCGAUCUAUCUGGUUCAGAAAGAUUUGCAUUCUCAGUAGAUGACGCAUUAAGUGUAAAUGAUGCAGGUUCAGCUGUGAAAAGGAGGUCAUUACUGUUGUCGAAGCUAAAACAUGGGUUGCUGAGUAGGCACAAGGACAAAGAAGGUAGAAGGUUGUUUCCUUGGAAAUUUUGGUUGGAGGGGAAACACAAAACAACAGAAGAAAUGAGGGAGAAUAAUAAUGUAGUAGAUGAUGAGAGGGAGAAGAUUGGUAAGACUGGCCGGAAGAGGAAGAUAGGUGUAGUUGAUCAUGAGUUGGUAUUGAGUGCAAUGUCGAGAGCGCUUGAAGUAACUGAGCAAGCUUACUUGGAUAUGACAGAUAGGGUUCUUGAUCGUUAUCCAGAGCUUGCAUUGAUGGGUUCUUGCUUGUUGGUUGUAUUGAUGAGGGAUGAAGAUGUUUAUGUGAUGAAUGUUGGGGAUAGUCGUGCCAUUGUAGCCCAGUGCAAAACUGAAGAUGUAAGCUAUGAUAUAGAAUCACAAGUUCCUGAGGAUGGUGGGUUCACUGGGGACAGCAUAGAUGAGGAGUCUGCCGGUGUCAGUCAGAGGGAGAGAAGAGCAGUGAAUGAAGCUCAUUCGCAUCAUUGCGUGAAUUUGACUGCACUGCAACUGUCCACUGAUCAUAGCACAAGCAUAGAAGAGGAAGUCAUUAGAAUCAAGAAUGAGCACCCAGAUGACAGCAAUUGUAUUGUGAAUGAUCGAGUUAAAGGUCGUCUUAAAGUAACCCGUGCUUUUGGGGCUGGAUUUCUCAAACAGCAUAAAUGGAAUGAUGCCUUGCUUGAAAUGUUUCGAAACGAUUAUAUUGGUACUGCCCCCUACAUAUCGUGUUCACCAUCCCUACGCCACCACAAACUGUACCCAAGAGACCAAUUUUUGGUGCUUUCAUCUGAUGGAUUGUACCAAUAUUUUAGCAAUCAAGAAGUCGUUUCCCAUGUGCAAAAUUUUAUGGAGAGAUUCCCUGAUGGAGACCCUGCUCAGCACCUCAUAGAAGAGCUUCUGUUCCGUGCUGCCAGAAAAGCUGGAAUGGAUUUCCAUGAGCUUCUAGAUAUUCCACAAGGAGAUCGUCGAAAAUAUCAUGACGAUGUGACUGUUAUGGUGGUAUCGCUUGAAGGUAGGAUUUGGAAGUCAUCUGGAAAGUACUUAUGAGCACUUGCAGAAAGUUUGGUGUUCGUUUAUCAGCUAAUCUGAUAAAAGCCUCAUUUUAAAUGUGGGGAGCUAAGGGGAAAGAAAUGAAGGCUUGAAGAAAUGGUUAAAAAGAACAAAAAAGAAGAAAAAAGAACAAAAGGAUGUUUUCAGGAAUAGGAAAUUUUGUAGUUGCUGCUGUAAACUUGUGUUAGGAAAAAGCUGGACCUGUUUUUAUUUUUCUUUUUUUUUUUCUUUUUAAGUUUUGGGAAUAUUGAAGAGCCUUAUCAUUCGUUUGUUGGUCAUGGUGGGGGAUUAGUGGGUGAUUUAAAGAAUUUAGUAGGUAUUGACUUUGACAUCUUUUAGAUGCCUUAUUGGAAGGGUUUAAUUGAAAUCCUGUGAAUUUCCAAUGCCAUUUACAAGGAAAAUUACCCAGAUUCAGUGGCGUGUUGUAAAAUCAUAUGAAGAUGACAAAUCAGUGAAUCACAUAAUAUG